AUAAUCGUUGCAUAUGUAGAAUCUUUGCAUAUACUACUAUUCAAGAGGUGCCUUCUACGGCCGAGGGCAUUUUGGGUAGUUCGGUCUGAUUUUCAAGAAAAGAAAAUGGGAAAUAUGAGAAGCAGAGAAGUUGCUGAUAUAAAUCAGAGAUGAAAUUCGUCACCUCUAAAUAUAUGCAUAUCGAAAUCAAUCUUCGUUGAAACAAUAUCUUCCCAAAAAAGAAAACUUGAUACUAAACAAAUGAGAUCGAUUUGUUAUCUUGAUUUUGUUGCACGCUAUAUACUACAAGGCUCCAAAAGCAAACAAUUCUUAUUUGUUUACUAUUUUAUAAGAAAUAGUGAUUAAAUUAAUGAAGCAAAGGAGCAAAAUGGGCCAUGAUUUAAGUUUGUAAAAGAAAAGAAAAAUAACCUCACCACUUUUUAUUAUAGUCCCUAUUUGAUAUGCCUUUUAUCGCUCAACUUUCCUCAAACAAGAUAGAAAAAACAGUAUUAAGAUCAAAUUUGGGUACUGUAAAAUCAAUUAUUGCGGCAAUUAAUCCAAUUAAAAAUAUUGAAAAAGCAGUUGAAUGAAAAUGAAAGCAAACAGUAAAGCACUUUUAGAGCAAUUUCAUGAUUAAACAAUCACCAUAAACAAAUCAUCAAAUCCAAAAGCAUUGUUACCUGCUCAUCAUGAUUUCAGGGCAUAAUCACCCUACUUUCUGCUCAUUUUAACCCUCUUUUUUAAAAUAAUCAAACAUCACAAAUUUCAAAAUAAACUUUACAAAGAAUAAGUUUACAUUUGUACCCUCAAUUAAAAUCUUAGCUCUUUGGAUUCACAAUGGUAGAAUUGGACAUACAGCUUGUUAUUACUCAUCACCCUCUCCCACACUAUAAAUAUCAACAAAUCCAUUCUUCUUUGGUUUGUGUAUAACAUCACAAGCUCAAAAGGAGAAAUGGGAGCUCUUGAUUAUCUCUCAAACUUUUGCACUGUCACCACAACAAGAGGCAAAAGGAAACCUAUGCAGACAGUUGAGAUCAAAGUGAAAUUGGACUGUGAUGGAUGUGAGAGAAGAGUCAAGAAUGCUGUCAAAAACAUGAAAGGAGUGAGAAGUGUAGAAGUGAAUAGGAAGCAACACCGUGUAACGGUGAGUGGCUUCAUCGAUGCAAGCAAGGUGCUCAAGAGAGUGAAGAGAACCGGGAAAAGAGCUGAAUUGUGGCCUUAUGUACCUCACAAUCUGGUUCAGUAUCCCUACGCGCCUCAGGCCUAUGACAAAAGGGCCCCAUCCGGCUUUGUCAGAAACGUCGCUCAGGCCGUUCCAGCAGCGCCUCAUGAGGAAGGGAUCACGCAUCUCUUCAGCGACGAUAACCCCCACGCUUGUUCUAUUAUGUGAAAAUUUAAUGUUACUACUACUUAAUAUAACACUGUGUCUUGUUUCUAUUUAAUUUUCAGAUUAUGUAAGGAGAUGAGAGAAUUGAUCA